AUGGCAGAUACGUCUAGCAUCAUCUUCGCCAUCGGAGUCCUCACGGUAGCUUUCGCGGCCGCCAAGGCCCUCAAACUCAUCAGCAUCUACCUCUUGCCCUCGAGACUGAGUCGCUUCGCACAUGGCACAUCCAAUGGCCAGUCACCAUGGGCCUUGGUGACGGGUGCUUCCGACGGCAUAGGCCGCGCUUUUUCGCACGAGCUCGCCGCGCGAGGGUUCAACGUGGUGCUGCACGGGCGGAAUCAUGCCAAGCUCUCUCGCGUCAUGUCCGGGCUGCAGGAGGACCAUCCCCGAAGGUCCUUUCGGAUCCUGGUUGCAGACGCCAGCACUAUGCCGUGCGUGAGCUGGCUCGAGCAGACGGUCUACGACUUGCAUUUGACGGUGCUCAUCAACAACGCGGGCGCCGGCCCGACCAAUCCAAUCUACGCACCGCUCAGCGAAUCGUCGGCAGCGCGCGUCACCAGCAACGUCAGCCUCAACGCGCUCUUCCCGCUUCAUCUGACACGCGUCCUCCUGCCCACCCUCGCCCGGAACGCGCCCGCUCUCGUGGUCAACAUCAGCUCCAUGGCAGACCAGGGCUUUCCCCUGCUGGCCUCCUACAGCGCAAGCAAGCAGUUUCUCAUGAACCUGACCCGCGCCGUGGGCCUCGAGAUGGCGCUUCAGGGCAAGGCGGGCGAGGUCGAGUUGCUGGGCAUCCGGGUGGGCAGGGUCACGGGGGUCUCGGGCUUGCAGGAACGGCCAUCGCUGUUCACGCCAGAUGCCCAGACCAUGGCCCGGGCUGCCCUGGCCCGAGUUGGUCGGGGGCAUGGCAUUGUAGUUGGAUACUGGGCCCAUGCACUGCAGCAACUCGGGGUCAGUCUUUUGCCCGCGUGGGGGAGAGAUAGGGUCAUUGUGAAUGUUAUGCGACGAGAGCGAGCGAGCGAGCUCAAGUCGGAGUCGAAACGCGCCUAA